AUGGAGGCAUUAGGCGACGCCGCAGUUGACGCUCUUAUUCGCGAGGAAGAGGAGCGGGUGCGGCAGUUCAAGCUUUUCCACUGCACAGAAGAGGAGCGGCGGCGUGAAUAUGGCGCGGUUCCGAAGCCUCUGCCGUCGGCGCCACCACCGUUGCCGCCGAGGGCGAAGCUCACAGGGCCUCCUUUGGAAAUGCUUUCAGAAGACGCUGAAGAGGCACUGGUGCAUGAAUAUAAACGGUAUCGUCGCGGCAACGACGAGGACGACACGGCCGUGACCCUUCAAAGCAAACGCCCUCCUCCACCGAAUUAUGAUGGACCCCUGCUAACACUCACAACCCGUGGUCCGUACACACGCGUUGAGGUGCUGGCGGCUCGCCCGCCGAUGCGACCUCGUUUUGAAGGGAAAAAAGUGUCGGAGAAAAACCGUAGUCGGUAUUACCCGCGCCCACUACGAGAGAAACCCAACGAGGGCAGCAUCGCAAAGCAAGGGGAUUCACUGCGGCGGUGGAAGUACAGUAUGGGCCUUUUGGGCGCGUGA